GUAUCCGCACAAGUCGACGCGAAGACGUUUGGUUGUCGAGUUAAGAAACUCGCGGAGAUUCCUAAGAUGAAGACAAAACUAGAAACAACUUUCCGUUUGACAUCAUUACUCCUCCUCUUCCUCUCCAGUGUUUACGCUAAAACUGCCGCAGAAGAGGAUCGAGACUUGAUAAUCCUUUUGGAAGCUGUAGCUUUAGCAGUUCUCGCUGUCGCUUUGAUUAUUCUAAUAGUCAGCUGCUGUUGUUUCUGGAAAAUGUUAAGGAAGAGUGGGCGUGACUAUUAGCAGCUAUGGACAUAACAAAUUGGAAUUCUUUUGACUCAAACAUUUUUUGUCUGUGUCUACCUUAAAUUAAAUGAUAUUGCAGAGUAUCUACUUACCUCGAAAGAUUGUAUUAUACUACUUAUGUUACAACUCAUUGUACACUACAAUACUGAUAUCUGUCGUCACAAUUUUUAGAUCUUUCUGUUUAGUUGGAACUAUGUCUAAUUACGUUUUUUUUUUAUGACUUACGACUCAAAAUAGUCGAGAUUUAUUGCUGACGAGGAACUCGCAGAAGUAAAGAAGUAUUGUAGAGAUUGCUGAUUUGCCGUCAGGCUAUAUUGUUCAGAAGAAAUAACUGCGGGUACUGCUCAAUUGUGAAAAGAAAAUUAAAGAAAGCCUACUUUCAUAAAGUUUCUGGAUAACACGGAUUGCAAAAUGCCGAGAGAAAUGCCUUGGCAAUAGUUGACCUCGACGAGUCCGUUAUCAUUUUAUGAUAAUGCACGCGAGAGACGUUAACAUCAUGAGCGCUGGCAAUUAACAGAUGUUUUAAUAAAGUAAUUAUAACAGAAAAA